AAAUCUAAUGAUUCACACAGGGAGGAUUAUCUUACAUAAAAUGCUGCCCUCUGGUGUUACAGAGCAGUCAAUGCAUGCCCUCUCGUGGUUGGUGGUUAGCGGUUGACGUGCCUAUGAAACAGCCAAUCGAGAAGCAGAGCACCGUAACGUGAUCUAUUGUAUAUUUACACAUUUCCUGUUUUCCUUAGCGAGCAGAUCUGUCAAUGAAACGCUGACUAUUCUGGAGGCAGCUUCAUUCCUAGAKGACCUAUGCUGGACCAGAGCCAAGAGGACUGACCCAGUCUCUAGAGGUUGCCCUUACUGACCCAGUCUCCAGAGGUUGUCCUAACUGAACACAGACCACACAAGCGAAGGAGAUGACCCAUCAAGGCCUAUUCCCGUAUCAGCACUGGCACAAGCAAAGGCUGUAGUCCAGUCAUACCAUUUGAACUACCUCCUGUCUCUGGUGUGAGCUGCCGUAUGUCGCGGAUCAGGAGCACGCUCAACACUGUUACUAAAGCAGUAAGCGGCAGCGACCUCCUCUCCAAGAUAUCCCGCCUUAAGCCCAGUGUCGCAGCCGCCCAUGCAGAGAAGGUACUGGCCGAAGCGGAGCCUCCAACUCCAUCUCCAACCCCGGCAGCUAGUGACGCUUCAGCUGCUGCAAUAGCCAUGAAGUCACAAGAGCAGGAUCAGACAGUAGGACAGGAGCAGAACAAUGGAGAGGAGGGGAAGGAGAAUCAGCCACUUCAGGCUUUAGAGAAACCYUUCAUGGCCAACAUCAAGCCCAAACAUAGCCUCGCUGCGGUAGCGGYUAUAUCCACCGCUAGCUCCUCGUCAGUCAUGGCCAAGCAGACGUUACAGCUGUUCCAACCAGAGGCCCUGUCCACCAACAUGGACGAGACAUACAGCACCCUGUCUCAACACGUCAACGACUACUUCGGGAGUUGUAGUAGUCUAUCAACAGGAGAUGACAAGAAGCCUCACCAUCUAAAUGACAAUGCUCAAGCAUCCACRUCCUCCAAGCCUGCUGUCAGUCAACGCUAUCAGAGUACUAACAGCGGGGACCACAUCCCCGUUUCAGUACCUGUGGCAGCUGAGACCAAGGAUAUCCAGGGCAAGGCAGCUACCCCACGACCRACUMCUCCCCUGGAGGAGGUUAGCCCAACCUCGGGUGUUCCCACCCGAGAGAGCCCUGCCACAGACAGUGCUUCCUCUGACCCAGUCACCCCUAACCCCACCCUAAUACCCUCUAAAAAAGGGGGGUUUGGGCAGUAUCUGUCUGACCCUCGCCCCAAUGUUCAGGCAUUCUUUGGCAGCUACAUAGCACCCUUGGUACCUAGUAAGUUCAGAGCUGACCCCAAGAGCGUCACAGCAGCAGUUAAAGAGAAGACCAAUGAGGAGGCUGUGAGGAAGCCUGGAGAGAAAACCACUGAGGUGGCUAUGAGGAAGCCUGGAGAGAAGACCACUGAGGUGGCUAUGAGGAAGCCUGGAGAGAAGAUGGAGAAGAAGAACGCUGAAGAGGGGACCAAGAAACUACUGCUGAGCCAGAGAGAGAAGAUCAUAGCCCGGGUGAGUAUGGACAGCAGGACCAGAGCCUUGGUGCAGGGCAUCCAGAAAGCCUCAGACAUGAAUAUCCACACCAGCCGUGUGGAGGAGCUUAGCCUGCAUCUACUGGAGUACCCUGAGACACGCGGCGUGGCCGUCAAGGAGAGGGUGAUCCCAUGCCUGUUGCGUCUGAGGCAGACCAGAGACCCCAGGCUCCAGGCUGCAGUGAGAGAGGCCCUGGCCCUGGUGGGAUACACAGACCCUGUGAAGGGCCAGGGUAUACGGAUCCUGGCCAUCGAUGGAGGGGGGACCAGGGGACUGGUAGCCCUGCAGACCCUACACAAACUGCAGAGCCUGACGGGCAAACCCAUCUACCAGCUGUUUGACUACAUCUGUGGRGUCAGCACAGGUAGGCUGUUUCACCAUGCUCCCUGUAUUUUAUACUACAUGAUAUCGGUCCACACUACUAGGGCUGCUUUCCCAGACACAGAUCAGGACGGUGGUCUCCUCAUCAACAACCCAGCGUUGGCCAUCCAUGAGUGUACUGCUUGGGCCAACACCCCAGUGCAGUGUGUGGUCUCCCUGGGUACGGGUCGCUAUGAGACCGGCAACAAGAACAACACCACCACCAGUCUCAAAGCCAAGAUCACCAACGUCAUCAGCAGUGCCACCGACACAGAGGAGGUCCACAUCAUGCUGGACGCCCUCCUUCCACCCAACACCUACUUCCGUUUCAACCCCUACAUGAGCGAGGACAUCCCAUUGGACGAGAGCCGCCCGGAGAGGCUGACCUUCCUGCAGGAGGAAGGAACUCGCUACCUGGAGAGGAACGAAGCCAAGCUGAACAAGGCAGCGUCGGUACUGGCUCUGGAGAAGAGCGCCAUCCAGAGGCUGGCUGAAUGGUGCAAACUGAAGGCRGACAUGUACGAGGGCUUGCCCUUCAUCUCCAAACUGUAGGGGACGUCUAGAGGUGAAAGGUCAGACAGSCUGAGAGACACUAAUUUAGACUGAUUAUGAAGAUAAUAUAGGAGCUGUAAAGGUCUGACAUGUACGAGGGCCCUUCAUCUCCAAACUAUAGGAAGAGACCUGCAGAGGUUAAAGUUCAAAAGGCACUGCAGGUGGUAGCUGCUGAGAAACUAAUUUAGACUUGAAAAUAAACAUGUGCUUUGAUAUGACUCCAUCAGUGGAGGCUGGUGGGAGGAGCUAUAGGAGGAAAGACUCAUUGUAAUGGUUGGAAUGGAAUAAAUGGAACCGA